AUGUCAAUCGCUCUACAGAGAAACGGCGGUGGCGGCCAUAAUAUGAACCGACGGCCGAGGUUCAUCCAUGGGGCGCCUUGCAUCCCCAUCUACAACUCGUCCGAGAAUAAAGGGUUUGCUCAAGAUCGUCGUCUUGACCAGGAGGACUCUUGCAGCAGCUCGUCGUCUUCAGUUGGAAGGAACAGCGACUCGUCUGAUGGGUCGUCGGAGGGGGAGGAAUCCGGUGAGACUGAGGUGCAGAGCUCGUUUAAAGGACCGUUGGACACCAUGGACCAGCUCGAGGAGGUUUUGCCGGUCAAGAGAGGUAUAUCCAAGUUUUAUAGUGGUAAAUCAAAGUCCUUUACAAGCCUAGCAGAUGUCUCGUCUGUUUCUUCUGUCAAGGAACUUGCAAAGCCAAAAAAUCGUUAUACAAAGAAGCGCAAGAAUUUAUUAGCCCAGAAUUAUUUUCAGGAUAAAAACUGCAAUGACUCUAUGACGAAUAAUGGUGUUGUGAUAUCAAAGAGGCCAGCUGCUAACCCUAGUCGAGGAUCGUUUAUUAUUGGGGAGACUUUGAGCAGCUCUCCUAGCUAUAGCAACGGGGAGGGAUCCAACUCCAUUUCACCAUCACCUUCUUCCUGUCUUCCACCUCUGCCUCCACACGGUAGACAAUCACCUGAUAAUGAACCAUCGCCACCUCUUCCUCAACGGAGUUCUCCUUGGCGAUCAUUCUCUCUUUCUGAUCUGCAGUGCAUUGCUGCAGCAACACCUGACAUAACUGGCAUGCGAGUUUGAAGCGGGGAGGACAACAAUCUACAUUGACAUUUUAGCUUUCCAUCCCUUUUGCACGAUUCUGGAAGAAUGUUGGUUGUGUUUAAGUUUGGUCUCAUGGGGUUUUCCACUGUAGUUGGGCAUCUUGAAGAUCGAAUCAGAGUUAAAGUAUUCGCUACGUAUAGGAUUUAGUUGUUAAGUGAUGACGAUAAUGUGUCAUUUUGUAUCAUGCAAGCAUCAAUUUUAUGUUUCUGUUUCCGAAUUUGGGAAUGUUUUCCAUCUUUUAUAGACGAACAAAUUUAUUGACAAAGUUGGUUUUGCUUUUCCUUA